AUGGUGGGAGGCUCUUUGUUUUUGAAGGGUCAUUAUAUCGCCCUGGUCAAGAUUGUAGUGGUGCGGAGGGUCAAGUUGUACACAGUUGAAAAGCUAACCAAGGAAGAAUACAAAGAGGUCCCUGUAAAUCUGGGUAUUGAAGAGCCAAAGAAAGGGAGAAAUGCAUGGAAUGGAAUGAGGUACCAUCACAUGGAUGCGCAACAACUAGCAUCUGGUGAAUGGAUUGCUGUUAUGGAUGCUGAUCGAGUCCCUUCAGAGGCAUAUACACAUCAAGGUCAACAUUCACAAUUCACGAUGGUCACAAUGACAUAUGAAGCUCGUCUCUGGAACUUGAAACUAUUCGUUGAACGCUACUCCAGAUGUGAAUCAGUUAGGGAGAUAGUUGUUGUAUGGAACAAAGGUAAUCCUCCAAGCAGUGCUGCCUUUGACUCUGGUGUUCCUGUCAGGAUAAGAGUUGAAGAGACCAAUUCUCUUAACAAUCGAUUUAGGGUUGACCCUUUGAUAAAGACCCGGGCUGUUUUUGAUCUGGAUGAUGAUAUCAUGAUGACUUGCACUGACUUAGAGAAAGGAUUUAAGGUCUGGAGAGAACACCCUGAGCGGAUGGUGGGCUUUUACCCUCGGACGAUAGAUGGUAACCCUCUCCAGUACAGGAAUGAGAGAUAUGCUAGGGGUAAGAAUGGAUGCAACCUGAUCCUCACAGGUGCUGCUUUCAUGGAUAGUGAGUUUGCUUUCAAGAAGUACUGGAGCGAGAAAGCUCGUGAAGGGAGAGACUUUGUGCACAAGAACUUCAACUGUGAGGACUUGCUCAUGAAUUUUCUUUAUGCGAAUGCAAGCUCCACAAGGACCGUGGAGUACGUCCAUCCAGCAUGGGCUAUCGAUACAUCCAAGCUUUCUUCGGUUGCAAUUAGCCGAGACACCCAGAAGCACUACGAUGUCAGGACAAGUUGCUUGGCGAAGUUUUCUUCCAUAUAUGGUCCCCUCCCUCGGAAAUGGGGAGUUUGGCAUGCGAGAAGAUGGCUGGGACAAAUAGCCUGA